AUGAAGGCCGCGAACUUGGCGGGCCUCUUGGUCAUCCUCAUGAAUGUUGUGGGCUUGGGCUUUGCCACUACGGUCAACUUCAGCAACGGUGUUGCGAAAGCAAAAGUCAUUGCGGCUUUGAAGGCUCGAGAUAUGUCGGCUGAUGAGAUCAAGGAGAUUGUCAAUCUCAUGCCACGGGCAAAUACCGUUACAGUCACAACCACCGAGAUUGAUUGUCCUUCCUACGGUCCACCCGCAACCGCGUCUAUACCUGCUACCACCGAAAGUCCAACCUCAUCCACUCUCGCUACUGCCUUCGAGUCCUUGACUAGUAGCACUCCACCAGAGUCCGGCACCGUCAAUACGGAAACUCCCUCUGAGGCUCCGAGUGUUCCGAUCACCUCGACUCCUGUUGUCGAAACCACGUCUGAGGCUAACUCUACCCCACCCGUUCAGACCAGCAUUGAGACCACACCUGGAAUAAACACCUCUGUCCCGACUUCUGCCACCAGCAGCAGUGUUGAGAGCACCUCCACCACUACCGAAACUGAAAUCUCAACAACUUUCUCAUCCCGUCCUACGGUCACCUCAACUACAUCCACAAUUCCACCUGCUCCUAACAACGGCGCCAGUACUGCUGGUCUCAAUGUAGCCCUGGCAGGUGUUGUGGCUAUGUUGGCUUUCGUCUAA